GGCAGUAGCCUUCCCCACACACUUCCCGCCUAGCGCUGCGACAGGCGGACUGCUCGAGCGCCCUUGAUGCCGAACGGUUUAUGUCCUAGUACAUUUUGUGCAAGCUGCUUACCUGCCGGGCAAGGUUUCCAGCUUCUGGGCGCUCCAGGAAAGCUUGAACCAUCGAGCUUUGUCUUCCUCGGCAACAGCUGCUUUAGGUGGUUUGACACGUGUGGACGAUGCUAUGAACGCUGGCGGUAUUACGGAUAGGCCCCCCUGCAGGAGAACACACCCCACUCGUCCAACGGCCAACCGUAGGAGCGCCAGCAUUUGUCUGAUCGAAGAGGCAAUCACAAGGCCAUGCUAUCGCUGCAAUUGAUGUCGCCCACGAGCUUGUUACGAAAAGAGACAACGUCUGGGGUGACCAUCAAGGGGGGUCCUUGCGCUUCGAGGUUCUGCCUAUACUCUAGCUAUGUAUCAUGGACAGCAAUAAGCGUCGUCAUGUCGGCCAUCGACGUGACAACACAGUGCUUCCUCUUGCAGCAGGCGUCGCUGUGGUUGCCGCUUCCUGUUUGACCUUGUUUGUAAAGGCAUUAUUGAAGCGUAAUAGUAAACCGACGCAAAAGCAGGGCAAGGGGCGAGAGGGCGGCUCCGCGCCCAAGAGUCCGGGAGCAGGCGCCUACGUUCGGGGUAUGCGCGAGCGCGAGUAUGUGCGCCUCAUCCCCGAUGUGGAGAUGCUGUCGCUCCAGUCGUUGCUGCGCCGCAUCCAAAAGGCUCGUGGAUGGCAGUUCAGAGAUGACGCCGCACGCGACCAGGCCUGGGCUCGCGUGUUGGCAACCGCGCAGUCGGCUGCGGGCGGAGCCUGGCCGCUGGACUUCACGCCCAAUGACGUGACGCCUGAGCAGCUGCAGGCGCUGUGCGACGCCGUGGAGGCUGAGUUCCUAGGGGGCCUCCUGGCAGAGCAGGUACGGCGGGCGGGCCGGCCACGCAUCCGUGUGGUCCUGGGCGUGGACCCUCGGGACCCCUACUCCUGGCUGUCGGGCCUGCACGAGGACAACACCAUCUUCGUCAACUCCAACCGCUGGCGGGAGGAGGUCAGCCAGGACAACCCGCUGGUGUUUGAGGGCGCGCUGUGCCGCAGCAAGCUCGAGGCGCUCGCGCACACACUGGGGCACGAGCUGACGCACGCGGUGGUUCUAAACUUCUUCCCUGCUAUGGACGCCUCGUCGCCCGCCUACACGCCCGACGAUAAGCACGGCCCCGUAUUCAUGUGGCUCAAUCGCCGCCUUUUCGGGCACGUGGGGCACGCCAGCAAACGGCUGUUCAACACCUGAGCCUUGCACCACAACAGAGCAGGCGGCCUUUGGACGUCUUGAAUGCCAGUCCAUGGGAAACGGCUGGAGCGGUGCGCGGUGGCGGCAUGCCGCCAUGGGGCUUAAUGGCUCCCCACAAAGCCGGGCGCGCGGCGGGAUGCGCUGCGGCCACACGGCUCUUCGAUUGUGUGGUGAUUGAUGGCAAGCGGUGAUGGCGGCGGCGGUGGCCUGUGCGGCUGACCGCUGGGGGCACUGGCUACGGCGGAUGCAUGCAGCAGGUGCAGCGGAGGCCCAUGCGGGCCGCGCACACCAAAGGCAAGGACACCUGCGCCAAAUCCGUGUGCAGCUGGCGCGAGCGUUACUGACUUCCGUUACUCGCCGACUGGAUGCUGGCUGGCGGUCGGCACUAAGAGCACGACCGUCUGCAGCGUCUGUGUCUUCGGGGAUGUUCUGGCUGUAGACUGCGUUGCAACUGGAAGGAUCUGACGUUGCGGCUGGAUUCAAGAAGAUGUGGGCUCGGGUUUGGUCCAGACUCCGGUAGUCGCUGGAACGUGGGGGCGUGGGGCGCGAUCGCGCGCGCCCGAGGUAGCACCCUUGAGCGCGGGAAUCAAAUGCGUGUAAGCGUGCUGACAUGCGCUGGCAAACACAAGGGCACAGCGGGUCUGACACCCUGUCUGACAUAUCUACGCGACGUUACAACCUGUAAUGUCAGCGCAUG